GACUCAUACAAUUGUUCGGUAAAAAAAAUUUUUCUCCAAAUUUUAUACCAGAAAGAUACGAUAUUUCUCCUCUUUGUAGUUUAAUUGAAAAUUCCAAUGAUUUACAUGGGAAUGCAAGUACGCGUUUAAUGAAAUCUAUCAUAACUUCGACACAUGAACUCGCCAAACAGACACAACAACAGAAACAAAAACGGAUAGAACAACAGCUACAACAACAACAACAACAACAGCUGCAACAGCCGAUUGGAACUCAGUUUGCAUUAACAAUGCUUGGUGUACAUCAAAAUACUAUUCCAAACUCAUUAUCAUCGACAUCGAGCCAACAAUAUUUACAGCACACAUUAGGAAAUCUGCUUCAGGUUCAGAAUUCACUACAACAACAGCGGCAAGAAUUAUCAUUAGCUACGACACCAACGCCUUUAUUAAAUAUCAAUGAACAAGAACAAUCCCCAAGUGCUCGUACUUCACCAACAACACCUCAAUCACAAUCUUCAUUUUCAUCAUUAGCACGAGCACUUGGAUCGAGGGCACUCGAUAGUGUUUCUUCGACCGAUAGUGUCGAAUUCGGCGGUAAACGAACAAAUCGUCCAUCCAAUAAUAGUUCAAAUACGCCGUCUGUACAUUGCCAAUCGCCUGUGACAUCAUUCGAAUUACUUCUCAAUACUUCAUUAGCUACACCUGUUACAUCUACAUCUAUUUUUGUAUCACCUUCGCCAUCGAAUAUAACAGUGACUUCUUCAUUAAACUCGACUUCAUCUUCUUCAUCUCCUUCUACAUUAAUCACAACCAAUUCACCAUUAACUAUAUCAACUAGUGAUUCAUAUUUACAUACGACCGAUGUUUAUACAUCAGCAACCUCCUCCACCUCAACACCGAGUCCAAUGCCUAUCGGCCGUCAAUCGAUGCGUUUAAGACAAUUAUUAAGUGUUUCAUCGCCACAGAAUUCUGUCAAUUCUGUUCCAUCGAGUCCACAAUCGAAUACAAUUCAUUAUCAUAAAUCUCCCGGUGGUAAUGUGAUGCUACCGUCAAGUUCAAUAAAACAAAAUAUCGAUGAUUUAACUCAAGUUGAAAGUCCAACAACCACUACUCAGACAUCGCCACAAGAAAUAACUGCAAGUAAACGUCGACGAUAUAAUAGUGGAAAUAUAUUUAAUUCAGCGAAUAAUUCUGAUGCAUUAUUAAAACAAAUAUUAGCGAGAAAUGCUACCACCAUUGCAACACUGCCAUCGACAUCAACUAAUAGUUCUAAUAAAGGAAAUUCAAAUACUGAAUCAUCAUCGUCUUCUACUACUUCAACGACAUCAGGUACCAAAAUAUCGCAAACAAUUAAAAUUGAACCAAGCAUCAAUGAAGAUAACAUAAAUAUUCCAAAAAGGAAAGAACGAAGUGAUGUUUUUCUUAGGGUAGUUGUUGAGGCACCAUUUGUUUAUGGUUCAAGGUAUAAAUCAAACGGAAACAGUCAUGUGAAUGGCAACGGUUCGACAACUACCCCUUCAUCUCGUCCAAAUUUAAGAAGUCAAACAUCACUCCCGAAUACAGACGAAAAUGUUGGUUCGAUGAAUAAGAAACAACGACAAAAUUCUCAAACACAUGAUCAUUAUCAACGCGUUAUCGUUACACCGCCAACACCUAAAAUAGUAACAAAAAUAGAACCAAAAUUUGAUGGUAGUAAUUCAUCAUCUUUAAGCGAUGUACAAGAUAUUGUAUCGACAACAACAUGUGAAGCACCAGAUUCUGUUAUAUCGGAUACAUUAUUGAGUCCAUCGUUAGAAUCAUUAUUAUCGGAUUCAUACCAACACGAUCAUCAUCAAACAACAUCACUAAAACAACGCACAAGUUUAAAACAAACAUUAAAACGUUCGUUAGAGCAGGAUAAUACAUCAUUAGGACGAAAACAACCGAAAAUUGUAUCACAGUUACUUAUAGAUGAAAAGCCGACGAAUAUUAAAUCUGAAUUUAAAGAAGAACAACAAUCAGAUAAAACAUCAGUAUCAAAAAAUAAGUCUGAACUGCUAAUAAAAGCUGAACCGAAUAGAUGUGAUUAUGAUGGUAUGAAUGGUCAAGUAUCUACACCAACUCGUACUCAAUCGUCGACUACAAAUUCGUCAAAGAAUCUGUUGCGUGCGUUAAUCAACACUCCGACUAAGCAAGCAGUUCCAGCCACAACUAUUAGCAAGAGAGAUGAACCAUUGUAUGAACUAUUACAAAGUCUUGAAGCACCAGAUUUAUCCUUUUUACAAACGUUACCAUUAACAUUGUCAUCGACUACAUCGAACAAUCGUCAAAAUACGACAAUAACAACAACAAUGAGUAAUAAUAACGGUGGAAAUUUAUUUCAUUAUAUACCGUCUGUAACAACAACAAAUUCAAACGACAAUUGUUUAGCAUCACUAUUAAACACAGACACAUCACCACAUCAAAAUGAUAUAAAUUUUUUACAAAAACCAUUAUCGUCUUCAAAACAAUCGAUAAAUACUAGUAAUAAUACUACCAGUAACAAUCAGCAGAAUAAAAUUAAUAGUAUAAUCAAUGAUCUAUUUCCGACCGAUACUAUCUCAAUAAACAACACCACAUCAGAAUCAAAUAAUGAUUUUAGUUCAUUAUUCGAUAAUAAUGAUUUCUUAGAGUGUUUAAAUGAUUCAGCUGCCAUUGAUUUUCUGUUACAAAAUUCAUCUAGUGUAUCAGAUACUGAUCCGUUAUUAUUGUCAUCUGUAAGCAGUAAUAGUAGUGACUUGUCCACAAUAAAAGAUUUAAAUGAACAGAAGGCAAUUAAUGAAAUAGCUAAAAGUUUAAUUGAUACAACCUUUCCUAUAACAAGUUUUGGCGCAUAUACCGGUGAUCCUUUUUUUUCAAAUGAAAUGCCAAGAAAUCGUAUUGCCCCAUCAACUUCAUUGAGAAAUGGAAUGAAUGAAAUGCAAAUAAAAUAUCGGCCACAUCAGCAACAACAGCAGUCCCAGCAGUCCUUACCUUUUCAACAUCAGCUUACAUCAGGAGCAUAUCAAUAUCCUCAAAUGAACAAUACAUAUUUGGUUGAUGAUGGAUUAUCAUUAGAUAGUGGUUCAGUACCAAAUAUAUCACUGUCUCCACUAUCGAAUACUUUCUUACCACUGCAACAGCCGCAACAACAUCUGAAUCGUCAAACAUCAAUCGACGGCAUAAUGAAUGGUUAUCAAAAUAUUUCUAUGAAACCAUCACACGUCCAACAUCAUCAACAACAACAACAACAAUUGCCACCACAAACCAAUUCGUUCUAUCAAUCUAACGGCAAUCGAACAUCAUCUCACAUUUCUUAUCCCUCGUCGACUUCAUAUAAUAAUAUGCCUAAUCAAUUUCUACCACCAAAUCAAGUUGUUGGACCGAAUAUGAUGUAUCAACAGACACCACUCAACAAUAGUCAACAGCGAUCAUUACAAACUCAAAAUAAUUUCAUGACUCGUCAAGUGUUUAUGCAGCAACAACAACAACACCAACAACAACAGGUGCAAAUGCAAAUUGAUCAACAACAACAACAACAACAGUGGAAUAGUUCUCAACAUAAUGUCCAGUUACAUAUGUCAAUGAAUGUUGUAUUGCCAAAUAUUGGAUCCAAAUCAAAUUCAGCUUGUGUUUACGAUCGAUCAUCUAGAGUUAAUCAGCAACGUAUGCCAUCAGGUUUGAAUAAUUCAUUCAAUUCCAAUGAGUCCAUGUCUACCAUGUCUCCUCAAUCAUCGAAUAUGAGUGGUAGUACACCGGAUUUUGUUCAUAUGCCACAUUCACGAGGUUCCCCGUCCACAGUUCAAUCAUCUUCAAACACACAAGUUCAACAGCAACAAAAACAUCCAAAUACAAAUAUGCUCUCAAAUUCACUUGAUGCAUUAAAUAUACUUAAUAAUCACGAAACAUUUCUAAAUCAAAAUAAUUCUCUAUCACAAUCACAACAAUCCCAAAUUCAUCAGGAAUAUCCAAAUAUGAGUGUGGCAGUAUCAGCUACAAUAAAAAAUUCUCAUAAUUCAAAUGAUUUACUUAACCCAAUUGGUUUAUCUGAUAUACAGUCAUCUGGUCGUCAAUCAGAUGAAUUACAAAAUCAAUUAAUAAAUAGUUUAAGUUUUCAACCGCAACAGUCAACACGUGAAUUUGUUCGAAAACAAUUACAAAACACAAUCAAUAGUCGACAAAAACCUGAUAAAGAUGUUCAAAAUAAAGCCGGUUCACCAAAUCCAAACACCUUUUCUAUCCAAGGUAACAAUAAUGUAUCGAAUCCAUUAUCAAAUAAUUUGGAACCAAAUCAGAAAGGUGCUUAUUUUCGAAAUCAGUUAUCGAAUCCACGAACACAAACGUGUAGACAACCAAAAAAUUCAUCUGUACAUACAACAGUGAUACAGACAUCGGAAAAAGGACUACAUGAAAUUUUAUAUAAAAUAAAAAUUGAAAAAAAAAUUACUCCUAAACGGUUGUUGGGUAUGGAUGCAAGAUCGUAUAAUCAAAAUAGUAGUAGUAGUAUUGCUUUAUUCAUAUAUGACCAAAAAUAA